AAUUGCCAAAAGCAAUAUCUUGCUUAUUCAACAGUAUCUUCUUGAAAAUGACCAAAAUACCCUCAGCACCAUCAAUUGUUAUUUUAUGAGUUUGCUAAGUUUAUCAGGUCUCUUAAUUUUCUCUGUAUUACUUUAGCUCAAGAGUUAAGUUUGUCCUUCUGUCGCUUUAUCAUCUGAUUUUUUGAGGUUCAGUGAGAAUCGUUUCUCACUUUUAUCAUAAACCCACUAUGAUUUUGCCCUUUUAUCCUGAAAUCAUGGUCCAGUAAUAGUUUCAGCUUUCUAGAAGGAAAAAAAAAGUUCUUUUAUUUGAAACUGCUAAUGCUGCAAGCUGAUCAAGUAGCUCUUGGCCUGAAAUAGCGACUUUUGGCCAAGAAAAGCUCUGGUUUUCCUACUUCUAUAAUAAAGCUCGCAUUUUUACAGAAAACCAUUGGUUGCUGGGAGUUUCUUGUUUGCUGAAACGUGUAUAGCAUAAUAGAGCUCUCCUUUCCCUUAUUACGGUUUUCAUUAUGACAAGAAAUGCCAACGUUUCGUGCCAUAUUCAAGAGUUUCCAAUCUUUACAGAAGUCCUUUACCAAUUCGAGAAUCUCUUGGUUGAGUUUUCUCGAAAAUCCUUCAAAAUCUAUCACGAGCAUUGCAGAGACAACUAAAAUUUGUAUGCAGCCCUCUGGUAAAUACGUUUCAGUCAUCGUUAAUCAUUUAAAGAACCAAAGAGUUGAUGACGCUCGGGACCUUUUCAAUGAGAUCCCGUCUCCCGAUGUGUAUUUAUCCACAAAGAUUAUUUCUUCUUAUGUAGAGAACUUCAGGUUGGAUGAAGCGCUGGAACUGUUCGAUAAAAUGCCUGUUAAAGACAUAGUUAUGUGGAAUUUAAUGAUCAAAGGAUGUGUCGACUGCGGAAAUCUGGAGAUGGGUUUGAGGCUUUUUGAUGAGAUGCCUGAGAAGAAUGUCAUUACUUGGACUACCAUUAUUAAUGCAUUGUUGAAGUAUAGAAUGAUUGAAAAGGCUAAUGGGUUGUUCUGGGAGAUGCCAGUGAGGGAUACAGCAGCGUGGAAUGCGAUGGUUCAUGGGUUCUUCAUGAAUGGGAGAGUGGAAGAGGCGACCAGUUUAUUCGAGAUGAUUCCUGAUAGGAAUGUCAUUUCUUGGACCACGAUGAUUAGCGGGCUUGAUCAGCAUGGGAGGACCUAUGAGGCUUUAUCGAUUUUUAGGAGUAUGGUGGCAGUUGGGGUGAAGCCUGCAUCAAGUACUUUUGCUUGUGCUAUAACAAGUUGUGCUAAUGUGGGUAAUUUGUGCCUGGGUUGCCAAGUUCAUGGACAUAUUUUAAAACUUGGAUAUGCUUUUGAUUCAUAUAUAACUGCUUCCCUAGUCACUUUCUAUGCAAAUUGCAAACAAAUUGGGGAAUGUAUACAGGCUUUUAACGAGAAGUUGCAUCCAAAUGUAGUAGUGUGGACAUCUCUUGUGACAGGGUAUGGUAUCAACUCUAGGCAUGAAGAUGCAUUCAGAGUUUUCCGUAACAUGAUUAGAGUAGGAAUUGUUCCCAACCAAUCAUCAUUCACCAGUGCCUUGAAUUCAAGCCGUGAGAUGGAAGCUGUUGAUUGGGGCAAAGUGAUUCAUGGUGCAGCCAUCAAGCUAGGACUGGAAACUGAUCUCUUUGUGGGAAAUUCUCUUGUUGUUUUAUAUACAAAAUGCGGAAACAUACGAGAUGGAGUUGUCGCAUUCAGGGAAAUUGCUGACAAGAACAUUGUCUCAUGGAAUUCAAUAAUUGUUGGAUGUGCACAACAUGGUUGUGGCGAGUGGGCACUAGCAUUCUUUAGCCAAAUGGCAAAAGCAGGAGUUGAUCCAGAUGAAAUCACGUUCACUGGGUUGCUCAACUCCUGUAGCCAUUCUGGUAUGCUGCAGAAGGGACGACACUUCUUUAAAUGCCUUUGCCAAUAUGCUUCAGUUCAAGUGAAGCUUGAGCACUAUGCCUGCAUGGUCGAUAUCUUCUGCCGAAGUGGGAAGUUGGAUGAAGCUGAAGAUUUAGUGAAAAUGAUGCCUAUGGAAGCAAAUUUGUCUAUAUGGCUUGCCUUGCUUAGUGGAUGCAGAGCGCAAUCUAAUGUGGAGGUGGCUGAGCGUGCUGCCAGGAACAUCUUUACCAUAGAUCCACAUUGUAGUGCUGCAUACGUGUUGCUGUCUAAUAUAUAUGCCUCCUCUGGUAGAUGGACUGAUGCCGCAAGAGUCAGAAGGAAUAUGAAAAAGAUGGGUACUCUCAAACAACCUGGUCGCAGUUGGCUUUUCCACAGGGGUGUACGACAUACAUUUCUUUCCGGUGAUAAGUCCCAUACUUCAAGUGAAAAAAUAUAUAGAAAGCUGGAUUGGUUAGGAGAGAAGUUGAAGGAGCAUGGUUAUGUCUCUGAUCAAACAUUUGCUUUGCAUGACGUAGAGGAAGAACAGAAGGAAGCACUCUUGUCAUGCCACAGUGAGAGGCUUGCUAUAUCUUUUGCGCUAAUUAGUACUGCAGAGGGCAGUGCUAUAACAGUGAUGAAGAAUCUUCGCACAUGUGGGGAUUGUCACUCUGCCAUUAAGCUCAUAGCUAAGAUCGUUGAUCGUGAAAUCAUACUCAGGGAUUCCAGCCGGUUUCAUCACUUCCGGGAUGGGUUUUGCUCCUGUGGAGACUAUUGGUAGAAAAUUUAAGACGCACUUCAAAUGUUUAGUCUAGAAGGAAAUGUAGGUUCCUGCUGGAUAAGUUUGUUGCAGGAACAGGAGGGAUCGAGUGAGGAACGUCUGAUCCUUUUAACAUUGUCACAGAAAGUAUGGAGAUUCAUAGAUAGAUGAGGCAUACAGUUUUAGUUCAUUAGCCUUCACUCUCACACAACUAUGCUCCACCAAUCAAAAACGCAUUACUCUGUGGGAUAAAAAAUCAUACAGAUAUAUAUAACUUUGCAUACGGUCUGACAAAAACGCUUCUGAUACAAAGUUACAGGACCAUCUCCUAAAUACUAUUGUAACAUUCAAGUCCUGAGAAGCUCUAAAAUGGGUUUAAGGUUUCUAUGUUGGCAUCAAAUCAUAAAGGGAAAAAUGCGUUGCUUGGAGUGUGAUCGAAAAUCUAAGAACAUAUUGCGGAACACGGAUGGAAAUGAAAAUAUAGUAUCAUUCAUUCCUGGGAAGAGACUUUCUAAUCUCUUUUCAUGGUAUAGAUUGUUCUCUGCCACGUCCAACUUCUAUAUUAUCUAUACAUCAAGAGAUGUAAUUAUAUAAUCUCUUAUAUCACAACUUGAAUAUAUAAUAUAGUAUUUAAACUACAUAUUUUGUAGUAAUAAUUAAAUUUUGUUUAUGGUUUAGGGAUAUAGAAGGAAAAAGGUAACAUUAUUGUAUUCCAUGUCCGAGGCAGGGACAACGCCAUUAAGGUUAAAACAACCAAACAAAACCAUUUCUGUAUGCUCCUUUUCGAUAUAUGAAAAGAUUCAGAAGGCUUUGAUCACUAGCUAUCGCGGUACAUCCACCCACCGUAUCUACAAGCACUACAAAGUGCAGUCUCUACCC